AUGGAAGAAAAAACAUUUACAUGUAUAGAAUGUGGGAAAAUCUUUUCUAAUAAGAGAAACCUUGUCUACCCCUACACAACUCACACUGGGGAGAAACCUUUCAUAUGCACAGAAUGUAAGAAUAUGUCUCCGUCCAUUCUAUUCUCAUGCACAGAAUGUGGCAAACAGUUCCAGAAUAUGAGAAACCUUACCAUACACCAGAGAAUUCACACAAGGAAUGAAACGUUCCCAUGUACAGAAUGUGGCAAACUGUUCUCUAAAAUGAGAAACCUUAUCAUACACCGGAGAAUUCACACAAGGACUGAAACGUUCCCAUGUACAGAAUGUGGCAAACAUUUCCCUACAAAGACAUACCUUGCCAUACACAAGAGAUUUCAUUUAAAAAGGGAAACUUUCCAGUGUACAGACUGUGGCAAACGUUUCUUAACAAAGUUCAGCUUUCAGCACCAUCGUAUUACCCACACAGGGGUGAAACCUUUCACAUGCACUGAAUGCGGCAAAUGUUUCUCUUUAAAGAUGUACCUUAUGAAACACCAGACAAUUCACAGAAAAAGGGAAACUUUCCCAUGUACUGAGUGUGGCAAACCUUUCUUUACAAGGGCCACUCUCCUUUGGCAUUCUAUGGCCCACACAGGGGAGAAACCUGUUGCGUGCACAGAAUGUGGCAAAGGUUUCUGUACAAAAAUAUCCCUUAAAAGACACCGGAAAAUUCACAUAAGUGUCCACACAGGAGCUUUUACAUGUACAGAAUGUGGAACGCAGUUUACUCGUCAGCAAAGCCUUAAACUACACAUAAAACGUCACAUGGAAGAAAAAACAUUUACAUGUACAGAAUGUGGGAAAAUCUUUUCUAAUAAGAGAAACUUUCUCUACCCCUACACAACUGGGGAGAAACCUUUCAUAUGCACAGAAUGUAAGAAUAUGUCUCCGUCCAUUCUAUUGUCAUGUACAGAAUGUGACCAACAGUUCCAGAAUAUGAGAAACCUUACCAUACACCAGAGAAUUCACACAAGGAAUGAAACGUUCCCAUGUACAGAAUGUGGCAAACUGUUCUCUAAAAUGAGAAACCUUACCAUACACCGGAGAAUUCACACAAGGAGUGAAACGUUCCCAUGUACAGAAUGUGACAAACCUUUCUUUACAGAAGCCAGUCUCCAGCGGCAUUCAGUGACUCACACCGGGGAGAAACCUUUUGUGUGCACAGAAUGUGGCAAAGGUUUCUGUUCUAAAACAUCCCUUAACAGACACCGGAAAAGUCACUUAAAAAGGGAAACUUUCCCAUGUACAGAAUGUGGCAAACCUUUCUUUACAGAAGCCAGUCUCCAGCGGCAUUCAGUCACUCACACAGGGGAGAAACCUUUUGUGUGCACAGAAUGUGGCAAAGGUUUCUGUUCUAAAAAAUCCCUUAACAGACACCGGAAAAGUCACUUAAAAAGGGAAACUUUCCAGUGUACAGAAUGUGGCAAACGUUUCUUUACAGAAGCCAGUCUCCAGCGGCAUUCAGUGACUCACACAGGGGAGAAACCUUUUGUGUGCGCAGAAUGUGGCAAAUGUUUCUGUUCUAAAACAUACCUUAACACACACCGGAAAAUUCACAUAAAAAGGGAAACUUUAUCAUGUACAGAAUGUGGCAAACCUUUCUUUACAAAAGCCAGUCUCCAGCGGCAUUCAGUGACUCACACCGGGGAGAAACCUUUUGUGUGCGCAGAAUGUGGCAAAUGUUUCUAUACUAAAACAUACCUUAACACACACCGGAAAAUUCACAUAAAAAGGGAAACUUUAUCAUGCACAGAAUGUGGCAAACCUUUCUUUACAAAAGCCAGUCUCCAACGGCAUUCACUGACCCAUACAGGGGAGAAACCUUUUGUGUGCGCAGAAUGUGGCAAAGAAUGUGGCAAAUGUUUCUUUAUAAAGAUGUUCCUUAACAGACACCAGAUGAAUGGGAAACUUUCCGAUGUACAGAUGUGA